ACCAACCAAGCUCGUUCACCACUCCCUCCAGCACCGCUCCCCAUCCCUCCCAUACCUAUCCCUGUCGUUGGCGCCGUCUCGGCCGAUCCCAGAUCCAUCCCCCCCAUAGGCAGCUGUCCGACCAGAGCACCCCGUACCUGCAAUGUCCGCCCUAUUGCUCGCCAAGAGCCAGGGGCUGUCGCUCUUGUCGCUUGCAAAGGCAGCCUUCCAGGCGGCGCUGCUGCUGCUGCUGUUUUCGCUCCAGUACAGACCCGCCUCGGCAUACUCUCUGGCCAAGCCCCCGGCGGCCGAAGAUAGCACGAUCCUGCGAAUCCCGAAACCCAUUGAUACUCCCAAACUAGACCCGUCCGAUGUUCUCAUCGUCGCAACCGUCGACGGCUUCCUUCAUGGCGUCAGUCGACGGAGCGGCGAAAUCCUCUGGGAAAGAGACUACGAGCAGCUCGGCCCGCUCGUCAAAUACACGGCUCCGUCGACCGACCCAAUUGGUACCGGGGACCUCCCGCCUGCGAGCGACGGGCGGGCCCUGCCUCCUGCCUCGGACAGCAACGAACAGGCCAUUGACCGAGUGGGCGGCGCCUCGCCGGCAAGCCCGAGCGGCAUGGAGACCUAUUUCAUCCCCGAUCCAGCAGGCGAAGGCGAUCUCUACGAAGUCAAGUACCACGAUAACCGAUGGGAAAUCGAGCGGUUCACACACUCUGUAAAAUCGAUCGCCAAGGAAGGUCGGCCUCUGCGUAUGGGCCCAUUGUUCUAUACGCCAAAGGUGACCCCCAGGCUGUACCUGAUCAACCCGCUCACGGGCGACUUGCUUCAGUCGAUUGGCGACGAGACUUUUACGAACGUCCAGAAUCCCAACGAUCCCAAGGUAUUCCUGACUCGCAGUGAAUACGUCAUCAAGAUUCACGAAGAGCAGACAGGAGCCACAAAGGCCAUCAUUAACUAUGGGGAAUUCGACAGUCCGUGCUAUCCCGCGUUGCAAGAUGACCCCAACAUACCCAUGGCCAUGCCGUCAAGCGGAAAGACGAUCCAGAACCGCCUCAAGAUCGAAACCAACGUCCGUGGCUUCCUCCGUAUCACCGAACACUCAAAGAAAAAUCCUGUUUAUACUAAGCUUUCUUCGCCUGUCGUGAGUGUGUUCGCACUCGAUCGGUCGGACGCCUCGUCCGUGGACGCGACAAAGAUCUACCCGCUCCCCGAGCUCAAGGGAUUCACGCGCCGUCCGUUCAACUCUGAGAAAGCUCAAAUCGUUGAAGGCGAAGGCGGUCCGUAUAUCUUUACGGAGCACAACUUCCCACAAGCCGAGAUCGGCGACGACCGCCUUAUCAAUGACUCUCCCGCGUCUCACAGCGGCACCCAUGUCAUCAAGGAAACGGGGUGCUUCCCUGGCCUCAAGCGAUUUCCCUUUUGUGUCCUCGAGAUCUUGAUCAAGAAUGUCGGAGACGCCUCGGCUCGGGUCACAUACCUGCUCCCCAUGCUCGCGGUGACUGUGCUGUUUGUCUAUCAGUUUUGGACGCGGUUGGUCGACCAGAGUCGCCUGCAAGAGCGCCGGAACCUUGUCCCUCGAAUCGAGAGCGUAGGGGAUGAAUUCCAGGACCUGGAUCCAAUUCUGCCCAAGUACGCUGCCGCUUCCAAGGGACAGCCCGAUGCCAUCCUGCUGAAGCCCGGUGAUGACGCGUCACCAGCGAGCACCCAAAGACCGUCGUCAAGCGCCCAGAGCCCGGCGUACGUUUCCUUCCAGAUUGAAGAGCCGUCGGCCGAGAAGCCCCUCCCCGACCUUCCCUCAGACCAAGAUGCAGCCGAACCGACGGACGAAAACAUGGCCGGCAAGCUAUCCAAGAAGAAAAAGACAAAGAACAGACGCCGGUUCUUGCACGAGGACUCUGACAUUGAAACUGAGAAGGAGAACAUCGACCCCGACCACCCGAGCGCGACUGAUGCCACCAUCGAGAAUGGUGUCUCUGAGCUACGGUCGCUCGUGCUCACGGACACAAUCUUGGGUCACGGCAGCCACGGCACAGUUGUAUACAAGGGGUCCUUUGAGGGCCGAGAAGUUGCCAUCAAACGACUCCUGCUCGAGUUUUACGAUGUGGCCGAUCACGAGGUGAACGUGUUGCAGGACAGCGAUCACCACCCGAAUGUGGUUCGAUACUUUUACAAGGAGCGUUCCAAGGGAUUCAUGCACAUUGCUCUCGAGCUUUGUCCCGGCUCACUGGCAGAUGUGAUCGAGAAGGUGACCGACCCCAAGUUUGGCCAGCUUCGUCUCUUGAUGAAACCCAAGCUCGUGCUCUUCCAGAUAAUGUCGGGCAUCCAUCACCUUCAUCAGCUCAAGAUUGUACAUCGAGACAUCAAGCCUCAGAACAUUCUGGUGGCCGAGUCGAAGAGCAAAUCGAGUCCUCAUCCACGCAUCCUGAUAUCGGACUUUGGUCUGUGCAAGCGGCUAGCCGAUGACCAGUCGUCCUUCCACAACACUCUCCACACGGCCGGAGGAACAGUGGGCUGGCGGGCACCAGAGUGCCUUGCAUCGGGCAAAGAAAAAAUCAGCGAGUCCGAGACCUCCGAGUCGGGUGCGUGGGUCCAGGUUGACCCCAGCAUGCCAGCGCCCGGCACCAAGAUUAGCCGGGCCAUCGACAUUUUCUCGGCCGGAUGUGUCUUCUACUACGUCCUGUCAGGAGGCCAGCACCCCUAUGGCGAGCGAUACUCUCGCGAAAUGAACGUAAUGAAGGGUAACUUUAGGCUCGAGCGGCUGGAUGCGCUGGGUGAAGAGGGCAUCCUGGCCAAGGACCUGAUCCGUCGGAUGAUCAGCAAGGAUCCCAAGAAGCGGCCGGAUUCCGCCAUGGUCCUCAUUCACCCUUACUUCUGGAACCCCGCCCGACGGCUGUCGUUCCUGCAAGAUGUCUCGGACCGGUUCGAGAGCGAAGAGCGCGACCCGCCGAGCGCCCUCCUCAAGGUUCUCGAGCGUGGCGGAACAAAGGUCAUUGGCAACGACUGGUGCCGCAAAAUCGACCGGAUCUUGCUGGAGGAUCUUGGCAAAUAUCGCAAGUACGAGACGACGUCCGUUCGGGAUCUGCUCCGGGCCCUGCGGAACAAGAAGCACCACUACCAGGACCUAUCUGAGAGUGCCCGGAAGAUCCUGGGCGAGCUGCCGGACGGGUUCCUGGGCUACUUUACGUCAAGGUUCCCGAACCUCCUGCUGCAUGUCUACCACGUUGUGGCCGACCAUCCAAAGCUGCGUCACGAGCCAUUCUUUUCGCAGUAUUUUGAAUUCAAAGGACCUCAUUGGUGAUCUCGCUCCGAUACCGCAUGGAAUCCUUCCCCGCCCUCCCCCCAAGCACUCUGUCGCUGUCCAAGGUGACAGGUCUCUACUUCUCCCCUCAACAGCAAAUGUACCGAUACACGGCCGCCGCGCAACAGAUUUUGUAAACAGUAAUACGAAUCCCUGGAUUAUCUCCCCCAUGUGUGUGUCGGGGUGAAUAUCCGCUAACUGAGCACUGCCCAGCAUCUACUGGGCCGGACGCAAGCCAUGGCCGGAGCAGGGGAGCUCGGCAAGCGACAGCCGAGGGACCCAGACACUCAGGAGCCACUCAGGAGACACUCAGGAGACGCUGUGGGACGCUGAGCCGGUUCGCCGAGUACGAUGCUGAUGGACAAGCACUUUGGACAAGCACUUUGGACAAACACUUUGAACAAACACCGAUGGACAGGCGCUGAUGGACAGGCACUGAUGAACACGGCGACUCGAUCAGA